AUGGCGCCGCCAAAGACCUCUCAUGGGAAAGGUCCCAAGCAAAAACAUAAUUCUGAGAGAACGUUGAAGCGCAAACGUGGGGAGGAUGAGCUUGUCUCUCUCACUCAGAAAGUGGAGGAUCUCGAUCUCAAGGCCGCUGUCAAAAACUUCUCCGACUUGCCUCUCUCCGAUCCUACGGCGCGCGGUCUUGCCGCGUCGCAUUACAAAAUCCUGACCGAUAUCCAGUCGCGCGCAAUCGGUCACGCACUCAAGGGUCGUGAUAUUCUCGGUGCCGCAAAGACAGGUAGCGGCAAAACUCUUGCGUUCUUGGUCCCGGUACUGGAGAACCUUUACCGCAAACGAUGGACGGAAUACGAUGGAUUGGGUGCCUUGAUUCUGGCGCCGACUCGCGAGCUCGCCAUUCAGAUUUUCGAGGUGCUUCGCAAGGUCGGCCGGUAUCACACUUUCUCUGCGGGUCUGGUCAUCGGUGGAAAAAGCUUGCGCGAGGAACAGGAACGGUUGGGCCGCAUGAACAUAUUGGUCUGCACACCGGGACGUAUGCUUCAACAUUUGGACCAGACGGCCAUGCUGGAGACCCACAACCUGCAAUUGCUAGUCAUGGAUGAGGCCGACCGAAUUCUUGAUAUGGGUUUCCAGAAAACGGUGGAUGCCAUCAUCGAUCAUAUCCCGAAAGAGCGCCAAACGAUGCUGUUCAGUGCCACACAGACGAAGAAAGUGGGGGAUCUGGCUCGACUGAGCCUUCAGGAUCCAGAGUAUGUCGCAGUCCAUGAGACUGCCACUGCCGCCACACCGGCCACCCUUCAACAACACUACACCAUUACCCCCUUGGCGUCCAAGCUGGAUAUUCUGUGGAGCUUCAUUCGCAGCAACCUCAAGUCCAAAACCAUUGUUUUUCUAUCGUCGGGAAAACAAGUCCGAUUCGUCUACGAGUCCUUCCGCCACUUACAGCCCGGUAUCCCUCUGAUGCAUCUACACGGGAAGCAAAAGCAGGGAGGCCGACUAGAUAUUACAACCAAGUUCUCUCAGUCUCAACACGCUGUUCUCUUCGCCACAGAUGUGGCGGCUCGUGGUCUUGAUUUCCCCGCUGUGGACUGGGUUAUUCAGGUCGAUUGCCCCGAAGAUUGCGAUACAUACAUUCACCGAGUUGGCCGAACCGCCCGAUAUGAGCGCGCCGGUCGUGCGGUGCUCUUCUUGGAUCCGAGUGAGGAAAAGGGCAUGCUCAAGCGACUUGAGCAGAAGAAGGUACCCAUUGAAAAGAUCAACAUCAAGGCCAACAAACAGCAGAGCAUCAAGAAUCAGUUGCAAAAUAUGUGUUUCAAGGAUCCAGAGCUGAAAUAUCUGGGCCAGAAAGCCUUCAUUUCCUACGUGAAAUCAAUUUACGUCCAGAAGGACAAGGAAAUUUUUAACCUGAAGGAGCUGAAGCUGGAUGACUACGCUGCGAGUCUGGGACUUCCUGGUGCGCCCCGCAUCAAGUUCAUCAAGGGAGACGACACAAAGGAGCGAAAGAAUGCUUCAUGGCGGAUGGCCCACCUCAGCGACUCGGAGAACGAAUCUGAUGCCGAAGGGCGUUCUCAAAAGGACAAGAAGGGUGACAAGGAAGUCCGGACUCGCUACGACCGUAUGUUUGAGCGGAGGAACCAGGAUGUGCUGGCUGGACAUUACUCUAAGCUUAUCAAUGACGACGGUACAAUGAUUGAUCCGGGCGUUGCCAAUGCCGCGGGUGAAGACGCUGACGAGGAUGCCGAUUUCCUUUCGGUCAAGCGCGUGUUCAGUGCUGGCGAUGCUAACCUUGGAAAAUCUGAUUCUUCUGAUUCUGACUCGUCGAGCGACGAGGAUGAUGAGAAGAAAGAGGAGAAGAGCGCCAAUGGUGCCAAGGUGAUUCAACUGGAUGAAAAGAAUCAGUUGAUCAUUGACUCCAAGCGCCGGGAGAAGCUUCUCAAGUCGAAGAAGAAGUUGCUUAAGUUCAAGGGCAAGGGUACUCGACUCGUAUAUGAUGAUGAGGGCAACGCUCAUGAAGUCUACGAGAUGGAGGACGAAGAAACAUUCAAAUCUCGUGGUGACGCGGAUACCCAACGUGAGCGCUUCUUGGCGGAGGAAGCCGAACGUACGCGUCUUGCCGAUCUCGAAGAUAAAGAGGUUGCGCGCGAGAAACGACGUGAGAAGAAAGAGAAACGCAAGGCUCGUGAGCGUGCACUUGCCGCCGAGGGUGCGACAGACGAUGCGGACGAAGAGGCUGGAGUUUCUCAUGGGUUGCCCUAUGUUCCCUUCGAGAUUCCCGGAUCUGACUCCGCCUCUGAAGCUGAAGAACGAGUCGAGUCGUCCCGACCCAGCAAAAAGCCACGGGUCUCCUUCGCACACUCCAACUCGGACAGCGAGAACGAAUCUCAUCAGAAGUCUGCAAAGGGCAAGAAAGCUGCUCCUCAAAUCGAGACCCUUGGCGAUCUCGAGGCAUUGGCCAGUGGCUUGUUGGGCUAA